AUGGCUUUACACGAGAGGUGGUUCACCGAAGAGGGAUGUGGAGAACCGCUAGCAAGGUCGUCGGGAUUCAGAACCACCGCCAAUGUAUGCUGUGGGUUUAUGUUCAAGGAAAGAGCCGAAACUACGAGAUUUGGGAGGAGGAACAAGUUGACGGUUGUUACAGGUUUGGAAGGCGGCAGAUCUGGUGGGAUUAGGGGUACUGGUGGUUUGGGAGGAUUUGGCAGCGCUGGAGAGAAGAGCUUAUGCCAUGGUGACCAAGUCGUCGUCAUCCUCAUCAGAUCUGAUGGAGUCGGGUGUAGAGACGCGACCGAUGUGGAAACCAUGGCUUUAACGGAGGAGCUUGUGGACGAAACUCGCCGGCGGCUACGGAGAUCCAGCGGCAGCCAAAAGAUGGUUCUUCGGGAAGCUUCGUUGCCUUUGGUGAUGCGUCAUUCAAAGGAGGAGGAUUGUUGCCGGAGGUUGAGAUAUAUGGUGAAACUCAGUCGGCGACUACUUCGAACUUCGGGUCUGGGAGCGUUUUAA